CACAUUUAUCGUGCUCUUCCAACUUCGGAAGCUCGCCGGGUAGUGUGCGUCCGGAUAUCAUGGGCUGCGGAACUAUGCUCCCACUGAGGCUAAGGCUAAGCUGGGUCAGCAUGGCGUGGAUCUGGGUUUGGUUCGGGCUCUGGAUGAUCGCAGGUCCGGCAUCUGGCGAAGUUCUCAGAUGCUACGUGUGCAACGACACCGAUACCUCGUGCGGCUCCUCCUGGAAUUCCAUAGGACAUGUGGAAGAGUGUCCGAACUCAACGGUCUGCUCGAUGACAGCGAUGUUUCAUAUGGUUAACGGAAAGCCGUGGAAAACGACCCGGAGGGGCUGUGGCGAACAGCUAGAAAAAAAACAAAAGUAUGUCGAAAAAGUUUGGGUUGAUCAUUAUGUAUUAGUUGAUUUGCCGGAGGGCUGCUUUAGCAAGUAUAGAGCAGAACAAUGCUUUUGCCGUGGAUCACUGUGCAAUUCCGCGGGCUUUCUCUCAUCGGAUUUCCGGCUGCCAAUGCUGCUGAUCUUCCUGGCCCUCGUCUGUGGGAAAAUCCUUCUUCCCGUCUAGUCGGCGACACUUUUUGGGGUGCGGUGACAUGUUAAGUAAUAACAAUUCAGCACUUCCUGGAAUUCGGAACUCGGGGCCACAGAAAUAGUUUUAAGCAGAUUAAUGAUUUAUUUGCGACAUUUCUCAGAGGUGAAGCCUUGUCAAUAAAGUCACUGAUACCAAAUAAA